AUGUUCGAGAAUUUGUGCACGCUGCCGCUUCAUGCGGACGUGUUUGCGACAGCUCUCCAUCCCUCCGAGCCACUUCUUACCGUCGGCCUCUCCAAUGGUCAUGUGCAGACAUUUCGCUUACCGCCCAGCUCUUCGGCUGAUGAGAACGUCGAUGAAGACACCAGCGUGCUAAGCGAUGGUAAAGGAUACUUGGAAACAACGUGGGAAACUAGGCGGCACAAAGGAAGCUGCCGCGCUCUGGCCUACUCCCACGAUGGUAGCGCAAUGUAUUCGGCCGGUACGGACGCAGUUGUCAAGUACUUUGACCCUGAAAACGGCAAAGUCAUUUCCAAAAUGGCCAUCCCGACCACCACAACACAGCCCGACGCGCCGACAUUGCUACACGUUUUAAACCCUCAGAGCUUGCUGCUGGGCACCGACUCUGGCGCGCUACAUAUUGUCGAUCUUCGGGACGGUCGCCCUGGCAAGAAGCCGGCGCAAACCCACUACCCCCACGCCGACUAUGUAUCGUCCAUCACACCGCUGCCGCCGAGCGAGGAGAGCACCAGUGGCUUCUCCAAACAAUGGGUCAGCACCGGAGGCACCACGCUGGCCGUCACGGAUGUCCGUCGCGGCGUGCUGGUCCGCAGUGAGGAUCAGGAGGACGAGCUUUUGGGCGCCUGCUUCGUCCACGGCCUGGGACCCAAGAAGAUGCGGGGCAAUGGAAUGGUGGCGAUUGGCUCUGGCUCGGGCAUCCUGACGCUGUGGGACAAGGGUGCCUGGGACGACCAACAGGAACGCAUCAUCGUCGAUGGAGGCAAGGGUGGAGGCGACAGCAUCGACUGCGUCGUCAGUGUGCCCAAGGACCUCGGCCUAGGACAAAAGGUUGUUUGCGGUGUCGGCGACGGUAGCUUACGAGUGGUGAAUCUGGUAAGCCGCGAGGUUGACCGUUCCAUAAACCUGAGGCACGACGAUUUCGACGCAGUGGUCUCGCUGUCGUUUGAUUGCGAGAACCGCCUCAUCAGUGCCGGAGGCCGCACCGUCAAGGUGUGGGAAGAGCUGUCGGAACUUCAGGCAAGCAAGAACGAGAACGCCGAGGAAGGUGAGGAGGAUGAGGACGACGAGGACGAAGAGGAUGAGGUUGAGGAAAAGACCCCGAAUUUGAAGCGGGCAGCCGAAAGCGACAGCGAUGACGACGAGGCUGAUGAUGAUGACGACGAUAGCGACGAUGACGACGGCGUUGAGGAGAUGAAACAACGUGCGAAACGACGCAAGGAGGCGAAGAACAAGAAGCUGGGACCCAUGGGCGCGCAUGGUAUUAUGGGCUUCAGCGGACUGGACUAA